AUCGCAUUGCAUGCCCGCCUCCCUCCAAACGACUACGUAUAUCAGAACUGAACCCUCAUCUUCUGUGCGCACUAUGCGGAGGUUACCUCAUUGACGCCACAACUAUAAUUGAAUGUCUCCAUUCAUUUUGUAAGACAUGUAUCCUUCGCUAUCUGGAAACAAGUACUUACUGCCCGAUAUGUGAAGUACUCAUUCACAAGACCCGGCCGUGGCAGAAUAUCAGACUCGACCAUUCCCUUCAGAAUGCCGUGUACAAGAUGGUUCCAGGACUGUUCCAGGAUGAGAUGAGGAGACGACGCGAGUUUUACGAGAAACAGAAUCAGCAAGAUAAGCGUGGGCGGUCACGCAGUCAGCUCCAGGGAGAGUUUGGAGACCGUAUCAUCUUCUCACGGGACGAGGAGUUCAGUAUCUCUAUUGAGUUUUCCCCAGACGGUAAACCGGUGAAAGAAGUCAAGGAGAGCAAAAGCAAGUCACUGAAGCGUACAAACGCAAUUAUCGAUCUAUUCCAUGAAGCGGAGCCAUUGAGCGAGACCUACUCCCUGAUGGAUGUGGCCUAUAUAUACCACUGGAAACGGGAUUGUGUUCUUCGCCUCUUCUACUCGUUCUUUGAGAUCCCACCUAAAGUGAGAAAAGUGGAGACAGUGACACACGUAACUGAGAAGAUUUCAAAAAACAAACUUAUGGACAAAAGUGAAGAGAAGUCAGAUAAACGUGAAGAUGACAAGAAAUCCAAGAACAAAAGAGAGAGAUCCAAGGAAAAGAAGCAAAGCAAGUUAUCAGGAAAAAGGAAAGUCUGUGCGGAAGGAUCUGCUUUGGUUGCAGACAGUGCUGUGAUUUUGGGACACAGUCCUUGUGCUGAAACUGUUGAACCUGGAUCUAUGAAGUCUCUUGGCAUAGAGGUAGUUGCUGCUGCAUCUACUGUACACACAGCAGACGAUGUGAAACCUGUUGAUACAAGUUCUAAAGCCACCAGAAACAAUAUCACCAGUUUAUCUGUUGUAAAAUGCUCAAAGAAGGAUCACACCACCUUUCAGUCACCGACAAAACAAAAGCCACCACCCGAAAGUCCACCCUUUUCCAUAACCACUCAUUCAGCUAAUAAAGAUAACAGCAAGGUCUCUAAAGGUCACAAAUCCAAGACCUCUAUAAAACUGCUAAUAAAGUCCUCAGAUAUCAAGGUCUGCAAAAGUCCUGACAGGCAGUUCCUUGGAUCCACAGUGGAUGUGAAGUAUGAGAACAAUGACAUGCCUACAAAGGUCAAGAUUAGGAAAUAUCAGAAUGGUGAAAGCGCAUCCAUCUCACAAUCUAAUUUAUUUGAAAAGAUGAGCACACUAGCCAACUCAUCAGAAAUGGAGCUCAAAGAUCACACUCUUAUCUCAAAGUCUUUUUCUAGUCAUGAUCAGAACAAAGUCUACAGUAAUAGCAAGACACCAAGAGAUGAUGAAUUUCUUAAGCGUGAAGCUAAAGCUAAGGUUAACAUUGCCACGGUGAAUGCAGCAUCCCAGCAAGAGGAGCUGGUUGAUAAGAAAAGAACGGACAGUAAACUAACGGGAAAGGUUGUAGUCAAAGAAGAUGUAGAGGCUUUGAAUAGAAUUGUGAACAACCUAGAGGAUACGAAGCUGGAGAAAUGUAACAGCGGCCUGCAGAACAAAGUGGACUUUGGUGUUGGAGGUAAAGAUGGUGCGACUAAUAUACAAGCAAAUAAACAAGAAACUAAAGUAAUCACUAAAACUGCAAGCCAAAGUAAGUCUGAUUGUAAGACACAUAUACACUCAGGGAAAUCAUCUGGGUCUCAGAGUACAACUUUCAGUGAGGACAAAAAAGCAGCCCACAACAUGCAGCAGAAUGCACAUGAUGUUAGUAGAACUCAAGAUAGCAACCAGAACGAUAUCAAGCUUGGACAUGAACAUGGAAAUGACAUGGAUAAUUUAAAAGAAAAUGGCAUGAAAUCACCAAAUUGUGAUAGCAAGUUGCUCAUUGUUAAAACUGAGCCGAGCAUUACUACAGAAGAUGUCCACAAUAGGAGGAAACUUUGUGAAAGUGUUAAUCAAACAAGAACUCAACAGAGCAUGAGUGAGGCCAAACAAGUCUCUGUUCCUCCUGAGAAAAACAUUGCCAGAAGAGCCUUAGAGGACAGUAAUAAGCACAAUGGCAAACAAAACAGAGAUGAUAGUAUCAGGGCAGAUUCUGAGCCUAGAGGCCUCUUAGAUACCAACUUGGCAGUUUUACCAAAGGCUAACCCUGCUGUUUCAGACACAUCCACUGCGUUACCGAAGAUACACAAUGGCUUGACCAAAGCACCUGAAAUCAUUAGAGUUCAGAGCCCUGUUAAAAUGAUGCAGGUGCAAGAACUUUCUAAGACUGUCAGGGACACAGAAGGUAGGGAACCACUGUGCAGUUCUAAUAAAAAGGCUUUGAUUGAGCGAGGUUCUGUGUCUUUACAAUCAGACGAUAAACAACAGACUUCAAGUCCAUGUUCUGAUAAACUGGUGGAUGUAUCAAAGCCAGUGACAUUGGAAAUCACUUCAGUAGGGAGUUCAGUUACUCCUAAGAUCGGAGUCAUUUUAUGUGAAGUGAGCUCUGCUGAAACUAAUACUUCAUCACAACCAGCCUUUGUCUCCGGGGUAUUGACUACAACCACCUCAUCUUCUCCAUUGUCUGCACCACCCAAACUUCUGAAAACGAUGGUUAUCAGUACAGCAGGUACAGCUAGUUACCCGCUGACAGCUUACUCUAUUGCCUCAAUAGUAUCUGUGCCUGUGUUUAAGCCUGGCAGCAUUCCAUCCUCUUCUUUCACUGCAGUCUCACAGGCACUUUUAACACCAUCACCUGCAGCAACCACUAAUGCAGCACCAAAGUUGUCUGAAGUUGUCACAACCACAGUGCCACACAAAGCAGCAUUACCUGUGGUCUGCACAACAACACUCACCAAAACCUCGUUAUCGGCACCAGUUACUUCUUCAGUGUCAGCCACCAUGUCUGCCUCAACUGUAGGUUCAGGGGCGCCAGAUUCUACUUCUUCUCCAGCAUCAGAAAGAAGUUCUGAAUCAGGUUCACCAUCACCACUUUACCGUGGUAACCAGCCUGGGUCUGCUUAUUUUGGUCUGCACACCUCCACUAAAACAACAGCAUCAGUUUGUGUUCCGUCAGCAGCAUCACGGGGUAGUGUAACAAAUCCGACCGCUACUCCUAGUUUAGUCCUGCCUGUAACAGUGUCUCCCACAACCUCCAGCUUAUCUUCCACACCAGUGGUCACAACCCAAGCCUUAACUGUGACAUCAUCUGCCACCAGCACCUGGUGCACAGAGACAACUGUUAACGUGGCCAACACGUUUCUCAACAUACCACCUAAAGAAUCAGCCGCCUUGAAGAAUACACAAACAAAGAGCAAUUCCAGAGUCUCCAAUGUUUCUGCUUCCAGUAUGACACUUCAGAAAGACGCUAUUAAUCUGGACAAUUUCUUGUUUGAUACAAAACCUUCAGAGACAGAAUCCCUGACAGCACUGAGCGGCCAUAGAAUGAAGGAUACGUGUACUAUUUCCAAACAAAUUCAUAAGGGCCCACUGAGAACCAAGUCCAAUUCAUCUGCACAAGCUCAUGGGCUGGUGAAUAGUAGAGCUGUGACAAGUGCAGAACCCCAUAUCACUGCCGUUCACCAGCUGCCCAAAACUGUUUCACAUACCUCAAAACCAUAUUCAGUAGGAAAGUCCUUAAGUGUCUCAUCCACUUCAUCAGCAAAAUGCAACAGCGUUAUUCAAACUACAAAAAUAAGCACGCUCAUCCCAAAGUCUACUUCAGUCACUUCCAAGGCUGGAGCAUUCUCAAAGUCAUUCUCAUACCCGUCGACUCUGAAUAGUGUUCCUUCGUCCAGGAGUUUCUUGCAUACAUCAUUGCCGCCUCACAUGCCAAGACCAGACUUGUCUGCAGUCAUCAAUGGAAGCUCUGCUUACGAGCAAGCACUGUUGACCAAGGCAUCUGGAUUGUCAUCCUCAUCCUCAUCAGUGCACAUGACAUCAGCAGCCUCAUCGUCAUCAUCUCAUCACAGAACAUCCUCCAAACACAUUUCUAAAGAUGCGGAUGGCAAGAUGGAAAAAACCCAGAAAAACAAAGCUGUCCCUCCACUGACCAUCCCAAAGUCAUGCUUGACAACUCUGAAACUUCAGAGGUCGCCGGGUUCUACGGAUCACUACAUCUUUGCCCCUCUCACCCACUACACAGCAGCUGGUCAUCAUAAUGGGGAACGGUCAAAGUCAAAGGAAGUCAAAUAUAAUGGAUCCCGAACACCUACCUCUCCCCCUACCCCAACAAGGGAUAGUGUGUUUAUAGGGGAGAGGCAGCGAGUGCCGACUAUUAAAAUCUCGGAUAUUAAUAGAAAUCCCAUUAUUGUUGAAAGUGGUGGGAGUAACCUUGCAAACACCAACCGACACCACUCGCAAUUUAGAUCGUACAACCAUGGAAGUUCCAGGUCGUCCAGCUCUGACAGCGGAUCUGCUCGAGCUCACAGCAGAGCCGGAAGUGAUUCCAACUCGCCCACCGGAAGCAGCGACCGGUCAGACAGGUCUCCCGCAAGAGAUGCCAGACGACCUUCAGACUCCGAACUUUUACUGAGCCAGCACUGGCAUAGUUAUACUGCAGCAGACUUGCUCUUCAACGGGUUCAAGCUGCCCUCGCAUCCUAAAUUCCAUGAACUCCACUAUGACACAGAUGCGAUGCCCCUGGAUUACUCCCAGUCCUCGUCGAAAUCCUAG